AUGUCAAUUAUGGUCAAUGGUGGACCUUGUGGAUUUUUUUCAAUGGGAAGAGGAUUAAAGCAGGGUGACCCAUUAUCACCUAUUCUUUUUGUGCUAAUGGAAGAUGUUCUUAGCAGGAAUAUUUCUCAGCUGGUAAAUCAAGGUAAAAUACUUCCUAUGGUGAUUAAAAAUUGUAUUCAUCCCACUCAUCUCUUCUUUGCAGAUGAUGUUUUUAUAUUUUGCAAUGGAUCCAAGAAAUCUCUAAACAGUUUAUUCACAUUACUUGAUGAAUAUCAAGCUAGCUCAGGUCAGCUAAUCAAUAAGGAUAAAAGCAAAUGUUUCAUAGAUGUAGUUUCUUCUGCUAGGAAACAACAAAUUUGUGAGAUUGUCAAUAUGGAAUUAUCUAAAUUUACUGAUAAGUACUUAGGAGUGAUUUUAGCUCCUGGAAGAGUAACUUCAGCAAUGGUCUGGACAGUGGUAGAAAUUAUUCAACAUAGACUAGCAAAAUGGAAAGGCAGAUUAUUAUCUUUUGCUGAAAGAUGGCCUGCUUCAGUCAUGAAAAUCUAUGCAAAACUUAUAAGGAAUUUCUUAUGGUCUGGCAAUAGUGAAAUUAGAAAAUUCAAAACAUUAUCUUGGAAGAAGAAUAAACAAGGUCAAUGGUUUGAAAACUGGAAACCAUCUUUUGUUUACUCAGGUCUUAAAUGGGCUUGGUCAACCUUGAAAUAUGACAUUAAGUGGAUUAUGAAAGUGAAAGAUCUGAUUAAAGAAAAUCAAUGGGAAAUUCCCAAUGAAUUACAAUCUGUUUUUGUUAUGAGCAACAUGCCUGCAAUUAAUGGUGGAGCUGACAACAUUAUAUGGAAUGGAAGUACAAAUGGUGUUUUCACUACAACUUUGGCAGUGGAAAAGAUGAGAUUCAAGCAGCAGCAACUGGUAUGGCCUUCUUUCAUAUGGAAAAAUUCUUUACAUCCUUCCAUUGCUUGUAAUAUCUGGAAACUCCUGCAAGGAGUAUAUGUAGAUGAUGAAACAAUGAGAAAUGAAGGUUAUGAAAUGCCUUAUAGAUGCUAUGUGCCAUCAUCAUUUGCAGAUGUCUGUCAAGCAGCAACACUUCAUAGUCCACUGAUAAAAGAGGUCUGGAUCACAGCAGCUUGUGCAAUAAUGAAAGAAUUGUGGUUCUUAAAGAACUCAAUUCUAUUUGAGAAUGGAAUGAUCAAUAUUCAUAGCUUUAAAAGUAGAAUUAUUCAAGUUGUUCAUGAAGGAGGUAUUAGAAUGCAAGGUAAAUGA